UCUCAUUCUCCACCCUAAACAAAGCAAAGCAAAGCAAAGUACCACUUCCUUUUGGAGUAAAAUGAAAGGCAUUGGCAAUUUGACAAACACCUCGCGCGCACCCAACAAACUCUUGGAAAUCCUCAACGUGAGGGUCGUCGGCUCCGGCGACAAGUUCCUCGUGCUCUCCCAUGGAUUUGGCACCGACCAAUCCGCGUGGCAGCGCAUCCUUCCCUACUUCACCCGUGACUACAAGGUCAUCCUCUACGACCUCGUAUGCGCCGGCAGCGUCAACCCUGAUCACUUCGACUUCCGUCGGUACACAACCCUUGAUGCCUAUGUCGAUGACCUUGUCUCCAUCCUCGGCGCGCUCCACAUCGACCGCUGCGCUUUCAUCGGCCACUCCGUCUCGGCCAUGAUCGGGAUCCUCGCCUCCAUCCGCCGCCCCGAUCUUUUCUCUAAGCUCAUCCUCCUCGGCGCGUCCCCCAGGUUUUUGAAUGACAAGGAUUACCACGGAGGAUUUGAGAAAGGGGAGAUCGAGAGGGUGUUCGCGGCGAUGGAGGAGAACUACGAGGCGUGGGUGAGGGGAUUCGCGCCACUGACGGUAGGGGCCGAUGUGCCGGCGGCGGUCAGGGAGUUCAGCAGGACGUUGUUCAACAUGAGGCCGGAUAUCUCUUUGUUCGUUUCGCGCACGGUCUUUAAUACUGAUCUGCGUGGCGUGCUGGGUCUGGUGCGCUCGCCGUGCGUGAUCGUGCAGACCGCAAGGGACGUGUCGGUGCCUGUGACGGUGGCGACGUACCUCAAGGACCAUCUCGGUGGUCGGACCUCCGUCGAGAUCCUCAACACUGAGGGCCAUCUCCCGCACCUUAGUGCUCCCCAGUUGCUCAUCCAAGUGCUCCGCCGCGCACUCUCGCGGUGAUGACUCAUCUCUCUCUCUCUCUCGAUCGUUCUUGGAAUAGUGGAAGCUUUCUUUGCAUAUAUGCCCCUUUAUAUUUAUAAAAUUAUUAUUGUACGUCUCUAUUGUCCGUACGUAUGAGUUUGAUCUUUGCAUGUUUAUUGAAGAAAAUAUUUGAAGGUCAA